AUGGCCUUCAGAGAUGUGGCUGUAGGAUUCUUCUUCUUGUCCCAGACUCUAUUGGGAAUAUUGGGGAACUCAGCCUUGCUUUUCUGUUUAAUCGUUGCUGACUUCUGUGGAAACAGGACAAAGAAGCCCACAGACCUGAUUGUCAAACACUUAACCACAGCCAACUUCAUUGUUCUCUGCAAAGGAAUCCCUCAAACAAUAACUACUUUUAGUCAGACUCACCAUAUAGACUAUGCUUCAUGUAGCCUUAUCUUAUAUAUUCAUAGGGUUGCCAGGGGAGUAUCCCUUGGCUCCACAUCCCUGAUGAGUGUCUUUCAGGCCAUCACCAUCAGUCCCAGUAAUUCCAAGUGGGCACAGUUCAAAGUCAGAGCUCCCAGGAUCAUUGGACCUUCCCUGGGCCUGUGCUGGACCAUCCAGAUAUUGUUAUAUAUCUUCAUUCCUUGGUAUACAACUGAUAUAAAGGGUCAAAGAAAUAUUACUGGGAUAAUAGAUCUUGGAUACUGUGGUGUUAUAAAUCCUGGGAGACAAAUCAGCACAGUUAAUAUAAUCCUGCAUAUAUUCAAUGAUGUCAUCUUCAUGGGAAUGAUGAUGUGGGCCAGUAGCUACAUGGUGUUUAUCCUGUUCAACCACAAGGAAAAGGUCCAACACAUCCACAGUUCCCUGUCUUUUAAGUCAUCACCUGAGACCAGAGCAACACAAAGCAUCCUCAUUCUAGUGAGCUGUUACUUUCUCUUCUAUAUAGUCUCUAUUGUCAUUACAGCUUAUCUGUCUUCCCAAGAUGUAGUCACUAAGUGGUUGUCCAACACUGGUGUGGCUAUGGCAGCAUGCUUCCCAGCAUUCUGUCCCUUUCUGCUCAUCAGACACUACACUUCACUUUUGAGGAUUUGCUGUACCUGUUCUUUCCAGACAGUAAUCUAUCCUAUAGUUGCCUAG